GAGCUGCUGACACUUGAUCUGGACGUGCAGGUUUGUUCCAGCUCGAGCCGGGUGACUCUUUGUAAACACACGUUUCAAACUGCAGAGAAAUCACCUUUUGGUUUGAAGACACAAGAGACGUUUGAAAUGGAUGAAAUGGAUGAAAUGUCAUAUUGCUCUUUCUCUGGUGGAGAAGAAUACAAAAAUCACUUCCAACCUGGUAUCUAUGUGUGCUCUGAAUGUGGGCACCAGUUAUUUUCCAGUAUGUCAAAGUUUGAGCACUCUACUCCUUGGCCUGCCUUCUCAGAGACGAUCCACGAGGACAGCGUCUCCAAACAGCCUGAAGCAUGGGGACCCCUAAAGGUUUGUUGUGGGAAGUGUGGCAAUGGAUUGGGCCAUGAGUUCUUGUACGACGGACCAAGAGAAGGGCUAUCACGCUUCUGAAUAUUCAGCAGCUCACUCACGUUCAUCCCUAAAGAAAAGGUUGAUGGACCGAAAGGUGAGCUGUGAAAAAGAGGAACGUUUUCUGCUGCAGAAAGUGCGGACAGUGGAUGAAGUGUCCCUGGGAGAAAAGCCUGUAAUGGAGCUCCAGGACUCUGAUGGAUGGUGGCCUCACUGGGCAGCAAGUACACGAGUAAACCAGGAGCACAGACACUCACUAAAUCAUCAACUGGGAUCCAAACUCAACUAUGAACCUUGACUAUCGUGCUGUACAAAUAUAGAAAUGAGUUAAAGUCUAACUAAGAUAGUAAGUCACAUUGUUUGCACGCCUCAUUGCACCACUCUGGAUCUAUAAAUAUGUUGAACACACUG